AUGGCAGACAAAGCACCUGAUAAUAGCGAGAUAAAAAAGGACCGCGUACCCAUCCUCUCACAAUCAGCACGAUCCGGUCUUCAGUUUCCUGUGGGUCGUAUCCAUCGUUAUCUCAAGGGCAAAGGUCGUAACGGUGUUCGCGUUGGCGCCAAGGCUGCCGUGUAUACCGCUGCCGUGCUUGAGUAUCUUACAGCCGAAGUGCUUGAACUUGCCGGUAACGCCACCAAGGAUCUCAAAGUGAAGCGUAUCACCCCACGUCACUUGCAACUCGCUAUUCGUGGUGAUGAAGAAUUGGAUACCUUGAUCAAGGCUACUAUCGCGGGUGGCGGUGUGUUACCACAUAUCCACAAAUCCUUGAUUGGCAAAACGAACAAGAUCGGCAAGAAAGUAUAA